UUUUCUUUUUCUCUUGUUUUGUACUCAUGGAAAUAUCUGCUGGUGGCAUUUUUCUUUUUGUGUGGGGAAUGGGUUUGAAAGCGGUUCCAUCAAGGACCAACUUGGAACUUUCCAGAUGGAUUAGGCUGAGAAGCAAUUGUCAUGGCUUCUCAAUGGGAGUAUGGUAUGUUUGCUCAUGUAGCUUGCUUUAAACAAUGGACUCAGUAGUGAAUAGUGUCUAAGUGGUUCUUGAUAAGGCUUCUAUUUUUGAAACACCUAUAGUAGCCACCUAUUGUAGCCCUGUAUCGUGUGUUUUUCCGUUAUUACCUUCCAUUUUUUGGGGUAACCAUUUUGCAACCCCCAUGUUCUGCCAGCACUGACAGCUUCUGCUUCAACCAUUGUUUCAAACCCAGCUACAACUAACUUGCCUACCACUAACAACACAGUGCAUGUAAUGACUACUCCCCCAUUAUCCCCUACUACUAACACCCCAGCUAACAUCACCACUACCCCGGGUAAGACACACCUGCUGUCUUUGUUCAGUACAAUUUGCAUUUGUCACUGUAACUUUCAAACACAUUGGGCAAACAGAUCUCAAAGUGUAGGACAUGGAGAGUCCAUUUUUCAAAGUUUUGCAUCUAUGAUACAACUAUAGAAUUACUAAAAUAUCCAAGGUAGGCUACCCAAUAAAAGGGUUUAGUAAGUGUUUAAAGGUUCACAACUUUCAACUUCAUAUUCAUCAACUCCAGCACCACCCCAACAUCAACAUAUGUGAAAAUGGUGCAUUUCUAUGUUUAGUAGGAAAAAAGAGAAAGAUAACUGUUUCCAAUGACAUCAUCAACCAACAGUGGUGGAAAUAGUACCCAAUUUUCUUUAUUUGAUUUAAAGUAAAGAUACCUUAAAAGAAAAUGUCUCAAGUAAAAGUGAAAGUCACCCAGUAAAAUUCUACUUGAGUAAAAGUCUAAAAGUAUUUGGUUUUAAAGGUACUUUUACUAUCAAAAAUAAAUGUGUAAAUUAAAUUAAAUUAAAUAUACAUUAUUUUCUUCAGGAAUGUAGUGGAGUAAAACAUAUAAAUAGUAAAGUACAGAUACCCCCAAAAACGACUUAAGUAGUACUUUCAGGUAUUUUUACUUAAGUACAUUACACCACUGUCAACCAAUUAGUAGGCGAUUCCUACUCGUAAUUGGUUAAAAUCGCAUGAUGCACACCAGUGAUGUAAUUGGAAACAGUUAUCUUCCUCUAUCGUUCUUACUACAAAACAUAGAAGUUAACCAUUUACAUAUAUGUUGAUGUCGGGGUGGUGCUGAGAUGAUGAAUAUGAAGUUGAUUUUUUUUUAAAUGUCCCUUCACGUAUUUCCGAAAGGCUUAUGAGUAGUUACAGUACACAUCUUCAAAAAAAGAAACAUGAUUAAUCACACAUUAUCUUCCACUUUUUCAGUAGUUGAAGUUUUUACAUUAUUGUUGGUUUCUUCUACUGGCAUGUCUUCUAACAUUGCAAAAAUUCUGCUCAGCUGGGUAAGACACAUGGGAAAUCUUGAGAUGCUCUCCUUGCUGACUUAGUUGUAUUGUCACUCUUGCUAACAGUGUCUGAAGCCACUACUCCCCCACCGUCCUCGACUAACAUGUCUCCUACUGUCAUGUCCACUAACAUCAUUAAGCUGGGUAAGACACACACACUCACUAAGCUUGUCCUUGUCUUGUUUGUAAUGAGACUCUGCAGCUUCCUGUUCUCUCUCUCAGCCUGCUUCCACCUGUCUGCUUCCCUCUCACUCCCACUCUAUCCUAUUCCCAACCAAGAUGAUGUUAACAAUAUCAGGGAAGGCCUGGUUGACUGCUGUAAGUACUGUAUUCUUCCAUGUUUUGUAUUUGUUUAUUCAGCUACAGUAUAAGCUAGAAGACCCUGUUUCUAAAAUCAGUCUGUAUUUCAAACAUGUAAUCUGCUUUGACCCCUCCGUUUUUAUAUUGACUGUUACUGAGGCGCCACAGAGAAGGAGAGAGCGGCGUAUCGGUGGUCUGUGCUCCGGCUCACGCCCCGUCCAGUGACCUCCUCCACCACCACCACACCCCACACCAGGCCUCACGUCCUGCCUGGCCCCCGCAGCUCUAAAACCUCCCUGGGCUACAUCUCCACCCCACUCAUCUGGCCCGUGAGGAAGAAACCUGAGGCCUCUGUUACCCGCCUCCCAGUCAGACCCAUCCUCUAUCUAACCAAGCCUCAUCCUGUGCCAGCAACAAAUAUGUCCCUCAGGCCCAAGGUGACUACAACAACAACGGCGCCCGUGGCCAGGAAAACACAUGCCGUAUCCAGGGCCGUGACCAGUCCCCAGGGGUUGUUCCCAUGGCGACCGGUGGAUGUUGGGAACAGUAGCGAUGCGGAGGACGUGGAGUCAUUCCCAGCAGUGGCGUCAGCAUCACUCAGCAACCGUAAGAAGAAUAAGCCCAUGGCUCCCCCCCACUGGAUCCCAUUGAGUCCCAGCAGAGAGAACAGCAACAGCAGCACUGUGAACUGGACUGAGCCCCUGGAGGAGUACACAUCAGGCUCUGAGCCAUUCAUUUACGACCUGGACCUAGGGGAUGACCCCUUUAGCCUUUUCCAAUAUGACUCGUCCUACUCCCUGGAUGAAGGCCUGGCUCUGGCCGCCUCCGGCCCACAGAACCUUUCCCACGCUGGGACUGGAGUCAGUACUGAGGGCCCAGGCCGUGUGACUGUGAGCGACCCUGUUACCGCCAUGGGAGGAGGGGAACAUUUACACAAUCAAUCAGAGCCCAGUCUGCCCCCGGAGGCGUUGGCAGGAGGCGCGCUGACAGAGGCUGGGAGAGAGGCUAGGACCGGGGAGCAGGGUGUGUUGGUGGCAGCACACAGCAGCUGGGCUCAAAUCCCUCCUUUCAGCACGACUCCGGAGAGGACAGGUGUGCAAACGGAUCAGGCCCGGCCCGGCAGUGGCUUCAGUGAGCAAACAGCAGAGAGAACCACUCAGUCCCUCUCAAACAUCGCCACACAGUCUCCCUCAUUAUUAACAGUAGCCAAGCUCUGUUUCUCUGAGAGGGUCAGGAUUACCACUGACAAUGACCCCACAGUGGCGGUCUCUAUACCUAAAGACUACACACCCACACCCAGUCCCAUAUCCAUACCUACCACGUCUGCCAUGCCAUAUAGCCUAUGGACAGCUGUGAUCACAGAGAUACAGGCCCCUAACUCCCUCCCCACCACUCCGACCAUACCUCUCCCCACCGCUCCCCAUCCUGCGUUCUCCCCCUCUUCCGUUCACAGUAUGGAACAAAGUGAUGUUAGUCAUUCAAGACACGUCAGGCCAGCCGCCACUGAGACAGAGACAUCGCUCCCUCCCAUGGAGGUUCAAAGACAAGACUUAAUGCGGGAGGGCACAAGACCCCGUCCACUGUCUCUGUCAGUCGCUAUUGAUGCCGCUACAGCUCUGACACCCAUCCUUGAGAAAACAUACCUCUCUUCCUCUGACAAACACCACCGUGACCUAGUUUUACCCUCUUUGAGGAAUCAAUUAAGUUCCUCCUUGACUAACUCUCAUCCCGUGGACGGUAUGGUUCCCAGUGAGAGUAUUGCCUCUGAGUCAGGUAGCCAGAGUGAGUGGAUCAGUUUAUAUUCACCUCUGGCUCUGGAACCAUCGUCGUAUAUGAGCAGUGUUUUGGGCAGCUCAGAGGGGCAGGAGGGCUUUAAUCCACUCAGUUCUAACCUGAGAGGUUUUUCACGUACAUCCCAUCUAUCUGUCACUCCUAUCACAGAGCAACUACACCACCAGGCCCUACUCCCAGCCACCGUGACGGACGAAUGGACUUUCUCUCAGUCCUCACCUCCUAAUACAAUCUCCCCAAGCAGACAGGAGUGGAGGGAUGCAUUGCGCACCACGUUCAGCUUGGUCUCUCUCAGCUCUGACCUCCUGUCUGUGACAGACUUGCCAGAGCAGCUUAAUAUCAACACGGUUACUGAAUGGGAAAGUGCAGAUGGGAUGGAGAGACACUCAGCUCGACAGGAAGGAGAAGAAGUCCACAUGUCACCCAUAAGUGGCUCGGCCUCCUCUCCAUCACUGAUCUCGCUCCUCUGCCCCAGCACGCAGAGCGAGCCAUCUGUAUCCCAGCUUGGACACCGCGGGACCUCACACAUCAAUGAUGAUGGAUCUGAAGAUCUCUCCCAGGCCAGCCUCCACCUCUACUCCUCCCUGCUAGCCCCCUCUCGUCCUCUGGCUCUGCCAACGCCACUCAUCAGCAGCACAGCUUCAGAAUAUGACAGUGUUGUUACUCAUGAACCCAAGCGGCAUGCUUACAUGCAUGAAUUAGGCUGGAAACGGCUGGUCAGUGGUAUUGGCAUUGUGAUUCACACAGACACACACACCCCAGUGUCUGAGCCGCUCUCCACCAUGACCUCCAGGGCAGACCAGCUCAUGCCAGACGCUUCUGAAGCCCUCUUAUUCCACAGACCGAUGACAACAAACCCUCCUCGUAUUAGUGAGGAGAGGCUGCUCCCCGCCUCUACCCCGACUCCCCUUCCCACCCAUAUCCCCCCUCUGAGUGGGACAUUGUCUGCCGGAGCAGCCAACAUGGCUGAUUCGGGAGCUGGCGCCUCACUGCCCACCCGAUCAACCGCCGCAUUCCAACAAUCCUCCACACUCAUUGGCAGCCAAUCAAAGCCCACUCAGCCUGCUGGAACUGACGGAACGCUGGCCUGGCAUGGAGAGAGCAGAGAGAGCACAGUAUCACCCGCUGCCCCAGACACACAGCUCACUGCUUCUGCCUCCAGUAACCCCACCAUUAGAGCUGCAAUUAUACAGCCCACCGCUGUUACCAGAAAUACCCCCCCCCCGUCUGCCUCAAACAUACAACUCACCACUGCCAACAAACAGCCAACUGUUUUCCCAAAUAUCCAGUCCACCUCUACCUCCAACAGCCAGCCUCCUAUGGCCCUAAACACUUACCUUGCUGGGGCUGGCCCUUUAUCAGUCCCCUGGAGGGCCAACCACAGUAAGGACACACAGGAUGGUAAACAUGGACCGGCCCUCAUCGAUCACACACCCUCCACUGCUGCAAGCACGUCAUUAAGCAGUAUGGGCCCUGGCAACAAUGUGACUGUGAAUCAGAACACCAACACAGACCGAGAGACCGAGACACAGACAACUCCCAAUCCACUAGCCGUCAUUGGCAUGGAUGAGCAGUCUUUUGUAGCCACAAAGGGCCCCUACUUGCCUCUUACCACUCCACUUAGAGGGGUGAAUGCAGGCAGUGACACAGUGUCCACCACACACGCCACCCCACGGACCUCAGCUGGCACCGCGGGCACCCCUGUUAUUGCCCCAUGCCAAUGUAAAGCUCGCUUUCAUUUAUCAUGUCUGUGUGGACUUUCAACCGGGAACAGUAUGUUUUGCAAUAACAACGUAGAUGUAGAAACAAAAAGAUAGAGAGCCUCUCGACCACCUAAUCUCUGCUUUGAAUGCUACUGUUGUAGUGGUGGUAUGUUGAUAGGGGGAAAUCUAAUCUGGUGAAAAUGGGGUGCCCUGUUGGAGGAGGUUGAUGAUUGAGGUUGUGUUGUGAUUUUGGAUGGGUCGUAGAACAUUAACAUAGGCGUGUACUGUAGUUUACCAAUCAUUAAGCUCUAUAGUGGCCUCUGCUCGGCUGAUGGUGCGCCCCAUCAUGGGGCGCAGCUCUCUUGUGAUUUUAAGUUUUCAAUCAUUCCUGUUUCUUGGGAGACUUCCAAUGCUGUUAUCAUUUGAUUUUAGUGCCAAUAACUGCUCAUCUAAAUGUAAUCUGUUAUUGCUAUACUAUAACAAAUCAAAGGAAAAGAACGCCCUUGAUCAACAAAGAUAAACCACAUACAUUUUGGAUACUUCAAAACAUUCUGAGGUGGCCUUCCUUCCUGACCGGCAAUCACUGGAGUCUCUUAAGAACAGUCUUGGCAUGGAGUAGAAACAGCAUCGUACUGUAGCUAGUUCAGCACUAACAACAGGAGAGGCUUGGGAGCCAUCUUGUGGUGGCUGUGAGGCAUAGCAGCAGACCACCAACAUAAACAGAGUGAUGUACCACACAGUAUAUGCUCCACAGGAGUUUGGUGGCACCUUAAUUGGGGAGGGUGGUCCCGUGAUAAUGUCUGGAGCGGAAUAAGGUUGGGUUUCUAUUCCAUUUGAUGCCGUUCCAGCCAUUAUUAUGAGCCGUCCUCCCCUCAGCAGCCUCCACUGAUAUGCUCUCAUUUACAAUCACCCAUUUGGCCCGUGAAUACGCAUCAGUUAUACAAUGCACUAUGGCCAUUAGUUCCAUUUUGAUAAGUGUCAUCUAGGAUGAUAACAGAGUAUUUGAAUUGAUCCUUUUCCUGACGAAACACUUCCCCCACAUGUUUUAUCUGUGGAGUAGCAGCCUUUCAACAUCAUUUGUCAUAUGAAAUUGGAUUUUAAAUGACUAAAUUAUGUCUCAACCCCUGCACUCCUGCUAUGCAGCACAGACAAAUGUUCCAUUAAGUGUUGUAAAUUACCGGUGUCAAAUAUAGA